GGUUGGCUUGAAGGAGUUUUGUUUGUGAAGACGAAUAUUGGAACAACUAAGUUGUAUAAUUUGUAACCUUCAAAACUUUGAAAAAUAAACAUUUUUUUAUCAAACAUCCCUUUGAGACUGUUCCAGAUCAAAACAUAUUUUACCCAAAUUAAACUGAACAUUAGGCAAUGUGUUUCGUGAAUUAAUUAUUGAGGAAUCCUGUGUGGACGAACGAGCAGUUUUCCCUCCAACCUGUUUGGUUGAAUCUGACAUUGUUUACGAAAGGAAAGUUUACUUACUGAAAUACGAAAGGGGGUUGUGCAGUAUCUGGCCAUUUUAUAGAUCUUAAACCUUUUAAUGGAAGACUUGACUUUGGAGUUUCUUCAAAAUGUGCUCAACUCCUGGACUGCCGACACCAGGUUCCAAUAUUACUAUUCAUUUUACCAGGAUCAAUCUACAUCCAUAUUCUGUUAUAGUGGAGUUAUGGGGCCAAUUUGAUCAGGAGAGAAAAGUAGAAUACCAACGUUUAAGAAGAGAAAUUCAGACUUUCCCAAAGACUAGGUUUGGAAAUGCAGAAGGAAGUCCUGGGGACUUGUGUCUUGUGCAGAUAAUUGAAACGUGGUACAGAGCAAGGAUUCUUGUUCGAAAAGGAAGGGAUUAUCAUGUGUUUCUUAUUGAUGAAGGACGAACCCUGGAUGUCGUUGCUUAUAAUUUAGCUCAUGGGCGGAAUGACUUUUUUCACCUUCCUCCUGAAGUGGAAUUCUGUAUUCUUGCUAAUGUGGUGCCACUUUCCACUGAGAAUAAAUGGUCCCCCAUGGCUUUAGAGUUUUUGAAGAGUCUCGGUGGUAAAAGUGUUGACGGCUGCGUUCAGGAUGUGUUGCUGCCACAUAGGACUUUCCUCCUUGAUGUGCCCUGUGUAUCCAAACAGAUGUUUGAAAUGGGAUUUGCUAAAAGGUUGUCCAAUAAAACUUUUAAGUUAUUUGUUGAAAGAUCAAUGCAGUCAAUGACUACUGCUUUAUCCAAUCAAGAAUCUCAGCAGCUUUCCCUCUCUAUCAGAAGUAAACUUGUGGAGAGUGGAGAUGUUCCUGAGAAGGACCUUGGGAUCAACCAAGAUUACUUUUAUCCGCAGCUACAAUCUGAAACUACAGAGGCGGUAGUUGUCACAGAACUGAUUAAUCCUUUAAGAUUCUUUUGCCAACUGAGAAUCUUUUCUCAUGAACUGAAGAAAUUAACUGAGCAUAUGAGUCAGUUUUAUGAAGGAAGAUCUGGCUUGGAGAAGACUAUACCAGAAGUUCUGGGAUCUCCGUGUGCAGCUAGAGGAAAAGAUGGCAGGUGGUACAGAUCUAUUGUGCAGCAGGUCUUGUCCAGCAGUAAUGUUGUUGAAGUGUUGCAUGUAGAUUAUGGGAGGAAGGAACUGAUUCCUUUUGGUGGCAUCAGAAGUUUGGCCGCUGAAUACUUCAGAAUGCCGGUUGUCACUUAUUUGUGUUCCUUGCUUGGCUUAUCGGACCAUGGAGUUGGAUGGUCAACUGCCCAGAUGGAGAAUCUGAAAUCUCUUAUUCUACACAGAGUUGUAAAUGCCAAGUUUGAAUAUCACAGUUACUCGGAGGGUGUUUACUAUGUUACUCUCUAUGGAGAUGAAAGUUUAAACAUAAAUCUCAUGCUUGGCAUGAGAGAGACAUGCCUUUCAGAAACAAAGGAGAAUCCUCUUGAAGGUCAAAUUACCGGAGAAACAUUCUGUCUGCAACCUCAAGCAUUAGGUCAAGGUGAUGAACCGGCUUCUGCAGUGCACAGCACUUCAGUGGCAAAUAUGUACAACAUUAAGACAGAAAGCCUUGGACUGGGCUGUUUCUAUGAUGCAGUUGUUGAGUUUGUGACUGACCCUUCAGAAUUCUGGAUUCGGACGCAGGACUAUGCAAUUAAGUUUGACCAAAUGAUGGGUGGCAUUAGAGAGUUUUAUACCAAGGCAACUCAACUAGAAGGCAUUGUCAAAACCCUUAAAACAGGACUUUAUUGUAUUGCUAAAGCCAAAGAUGGCUUGUAUUACAGGGCCGUAAUCCGUAAAUUGCAUGGGCAUUUGAUUGAGGUAGAUUUUGUAGAUUAUGGAAAUACAGAGAUUGUUGACCGGUAUGAUUUGAAAAUUCUUCCUUCCAAGUUUCAAGAGUUGCCUUCUCUAGCAGUGAAGUGUCGUCUUUCAGAUAUCCAACCCAUAGGUGGAAAAUGGAGUAAAAAUGCAGUUACUCACUUCAUAAAGAUAGUUGCCGACAAGGUACUUAUGAUUCAAGUAUCUGCAAAACAUCAAGACGAGUAUGUAAUUGAAUUAAUUGAUAGAUCUGUUGAUGGAGAAAAAUGUGUAAAUAAGUUGAUGUGUAGUGCUGGAUAUGCAGAGUAUGAAGAAACUGAGAAAGCUGUCACCAAGUUUACAAGAAUUGCACAACCUUGCCUUGCAGUGCAAACUCAAAGUGAGAAAACAGACCACUGUAAACUCACCAGAGGCCCUCCUCCUGUGUCAAGCGGCAUGCCUACAAGUGGCUGUGAAACUAGGUCUGUCUUCAAAGAAACUCUGUUUCCAAUAGGAAGUUCUGUAGAAGUAAAUGUGUCGUGUAUUGAAAGUCCAAAUGACUUCUGGUGCCAAUUGUCUGAAAGUGCUGGCUGUCUUGCAUUACUUAUGGAAGAAAUCCAAGAGUAUUAUAUGACUCGCUCAGACCCUUACAAACCUGGUGAAGUAGCUUGCAUUGCUCGACAUGCUCACGAUGGAAGGUGGUACAGAGCAUACGUUAUCAGGAAAAUUCCUGCCUCCCUGGAGGUUGAUGUUUUGCAUAUAGAUUUUGGCAAUACAGAGAAGGUCUCCUUGAAAGACUUGCGUGCCAUAAACCCAGCAUUUCUUCGGUUGAAAGGUCAGGCUUUUAGGUGUAGCCUGUAUAACUUGAUUCAGCCUGUUGCCCAGGAUCCUUUACACUGGAAUGAGAGAGCAGUAUUUCAGUUUCAAGAGUUUGUUGAUAAUGCAGCUACAGCCUGUUUGGAGUUGACGUGUACUAUUUAUGCAGUUAUGUACGACUCAAACAAAGUUGUCUUCAAUGUGGUGGACCUAGAAACACAGUUUCAAAGUAUUUGCAAUUUGCUUGUUCAGAAAGGAUUGGCUCAGUGUGCACUGCCAAAAAAAGCCCCACAGCCUCCCUUUCAUCUUGACACCUACUAUUAUUCAACACACAAUAUAAAAACGGGUGGAGAAGAGGAGAUUUAUGCAACGCACAUAAAAAAUGUGGGUAACUUCUACUGUCAGUUAGGAAGGAAUGCAGACAUCGUACAUCAGCUGGCAGAAAAGGUGAACUAUCUGUGUGAAGAGCUGCAGCGCAUAGACUGCCCCAAAACAUUUGGCACAGUGUGCUUUGCAAAAUAUAGUGAUGGUCAUUGGUACAGAGGGCAAAUUCAAUCUGUAGAACCGACAAUCCAAGUGUUUUUUGUGGAUUAUGGAGACACUCAGGUGGUGGAAAAAUCGGAUUUGCUUCCUGUUCCGAUUGAAGCUAGUGACAUUAUGUCUGUACCUAUACAAGCUGUUGUGUGUGGCUUAUCUGAUAUCCCAGUUGAUGUGCCUAAAAAGGUAAAUGAAUGGUUUGAAAAUGCAAUCUUUGGUAAGACCUUGAAAGCUAUAGUGGUAGCAAAAGAGUCUGAUGGAAAGCUGAUUGUUGAACUGUAUAAUGAGAAUAGCCAGAUCAAUGCAAAUAUCAAAGAAAAACUUGCUGUACAGAGUUUGAGACAGGAACGUCUUUCCAUUGAGGUAGUGGAAACCAAAUUUAGGAAUGCACAAGAACUAACACUAAUGAGGAAAGAAACUACACCAACUUUUAAGAGUAGGGAUGAAUAUAAAGCAAGAUUGUCUUCCCAAAUCGGAGAAAGUAAAUCAUUUAGUGGCGAUUCAGGAGUUGUUUGGACACCAGACAGAGUGAACUGGAGACCACCUAAAGGUGAACAAAAGCAUCUGAUUUCCUCUCCCAAAUUUGAACACAAUAAGAAAAUUGCUCCAUCUAACCAACAGAUGGAUAAUACAAGUCCUUCCAGUGGACCGGCACAUGACUGGGAAGUUUGCAGUUUAAAAGAAAGUGCUGUGGUAAAUGUGAAAACAGGAGCGAGGUCUUUACCUAAUCUUGGAGACCUCCCUCCAAAAUGCAUAGAGCUUGGUGAGGUAAAGGAAGUGUAUGUUUCGCAUUCAAAUUGCCCAUCUAGUUUCUUUGUCCAGUUGGUUCAAGAAGAAGAUGAAAUAUAUUCUGUUGUGGAAAAACUAAAUGCUGAUCAAUUGGGUGCUACAAACCUUGAUGCUGACCGUUUACAGCCAGAAGAUUUAGUGUGUGCUGAGUUUCCUGAUGAUGGUUCCUGGUACCGUGCUGUUUUAAAAAACAAACUUGAAGAUGGCACACUGAAUGUGGAAUUUUUAGACUUUGGAAAUACAGCUACAAUUGAUGCCACAAGGGUUCGUCUGCUAUCCCAAGAAUUCAUAAAAAUCCCAAGGCUAAGCAUUCAUUGCUUGCUCAGUGGAGUGGAAAGUGCCAAUACUGAUGGUGAGUGGGGGCAGGAUUCUGUGUUGCAGUUCAAAAUGGCAACUGGGGAAAAUGAAGGAAUAAAAAAAUUAACAUGUGAAUUCAUGAAGCAGUCUGGACUGUUAUGGGAGGUUAAUCUACUUGACCAGCAGAAUGUUGUUGCCGACUAUUUAGUUAGGAGUGGUUUUGCAGCCAGUAGGAGUGUUAUAAAACAGUGUGUACAGCAAAAAUCAGGUGAAGCAGUCUCAAAAGGUUUGGCUAGUGUUCCUGAAAACAAAAUGAAAGAACCUGAAAUGGAACAGCCUGCCUUACAAUAUUCCAGAUGUGUGAUAUCACCUGGACAGUCAUUGUAUGCCUAUGCUUCUUCUGUGGUGGGUCCAGGAUAUUUCUGGUGUCAGUCUGCAAAUUCUGAUAUCCUUCAAAGAAUUGCUGAAAUGGCAGAUUCAGCUGGAAGCAAUCCAGAAGAGACUGGUGUCUGUGUUGAUUUUCUACGUCCUGGAAACCCAUGCCUUGCUCUGUUUACAGAAGAUGAACACUGGUAUAGAGCAGAAAUAAAAAGAAUACAUAUGGAUGUUCUCUCAAUAAUAUUUGUUGACUAUGGUAAUGAAGUUGAUGUAAACCAAGAAUUACUUAAGUUGGUGCCUGCUGAAUUUUUUGAAAUACCAAUGCAAGCAUUUUUGUGUAUUUUGGAAGGGUUUGAUCUCUCUGCUGGUUGUUGGGAUGUUGGUGCUGCUGAUAAAUUCAUAACACUUCUUUCAGACCAGCUUUUAAAGGUUUCAGUUUUGAAGUGUGAAGAGGAUAACCAUGGAGAUCAUCUAUUUCAUGUCAAAGUAGAGAGCAAUGAAGCAGUGGUAAAUGACAUCAUGAGAAAUUACUGGAAAAUGCAUACUGAAGAAAGAAAGGAGUAUGUAAAUACUGAGCAUGAACAGCAGCAAACUAUUGCAGACAUGCUGGUUGCAAAUGAAGUGUGUCCACCUGAAGAAAAGUCUGAGUUGCAGAGAAGGAUUGCAACAUUGAGUAAUGCUGAAAAACUUCACAUUGGCACUGAUGAACAGAGUAUUCAUUUUGCUUCCAAAAAGGAGAGCUUUACACUGGAUGAAACUGGUGGAGACGCAGACAUGGUUGGAACAACCUAUGAAGCUGUUGACCAUGAUCCCCAAGCUUGUGCUCAAAAACCCUUUCUAUCUGUAGAGAAUUCUGAUUUGUCAACUAUAGAAAGAAAUACAGAACUCUUUGGCGACGCGGGAAAGAUUCAGACAGGCACACUUGAAGACUGUAACCUUCAGUCCAACACAGAGUCUACCCUUACACAGGAAGAAACUCCAAAAGAUAAACACACAGUUGAAAUAAGUAAUGUUUCCCAGUUGCCUUCUGUAGAUGAAACUGGGGACGAUGUUCCAAAAACCUUUACAGUGGAAGAAAUGUGUAAAGUUGUGUCAACAGUACAGAGAGCUACUGAAAAGCUUCAAACAGAUGAACAAAGUGCUAAUCUUCCUUCAAAUACAGACACUGCUCAAGAUGUAACUGUUGUAAAUGAACUUUCAAUAAAAUUAAGUGAUGCUAUUGAAUGUGAAAAAGUAAAACACGAUGUCCAGGAUGUUGAGAGAGUUUCCUUUGAAGAAAAUGUGAACAAUCCUUCUAGAGGAGAAAUCUGUCCAAGGGAAGUAACCAAAGCUGAACAACCCACAGUUCAAACAGUGGAUUUAUUUUAUCAAUGUAAAACGAGCAAUUUUCAUCCCCUAAAGGAUGUUCAAAAAAUAAUUCUGUUUGAAGAGUCUGAGUAUUUGGAAUCAAAUACUGAUGAGCUUAGCUUAAAUAAUGAUCUUUCUUCAAAUGGAGGAGAAACUUGUAUACAAGAAGAAAACUGUACGGACACAAACACAGUUGAAAUAAAUGAUACAAUGGCUAAUUAUCCUAAAUAUGACCAUGCUUUCCUGCUCCUUGAAGAUAUUCAAGAACGUGAUUCCAAUGUCCGUGAAACUAGCAACGCAUGCCACGUUUUAAAUCGAUCUCUAACAGAACAUUCUUGCUGUAAACUGUAUGACGUAGAUCAACAAUGCUGCAUAGUGGAUGGAAACGUUGAGCUUUUGGUUUCUCGUGAUCAGGUAGAAGGUAAAGAUAUUCAUGAGGAGAAUCUCAGACAAUUAGUGGGUUUAGAUUCAGCAGCCGAGGUGGUGGAUAGUUUGGUUCUGGACACGGAGAUCAAAGGGGUGCAAAAUCAACAAAGUGAUCCUCAUGGAUGUGAACCAGAUUUCAUUGGAUUGAAGCUUGAGACUGAGGACGAGCUUGGUGUUGGAUCUGAUUGUGUUGUGUGGGCCUACGUCUCCAAAACUUGGUGCAAGGCUCAGAUUCUGAAGGUGUAUGAUGAGACGACAAAGGUAUUGCUGUUGGAAUCUGAUGCUGAAGCUAUAGUGGCCUCACAGAACAUAUGGAAAAGUGCACCCAAGAGUAUAAAUCAUCCCACUCAGCUGGCUGAUCAGGUCCAUGGUGCAGCUGCAAAAUGUAGUUCUACAACUAGUACAGUCCAGCUAGAUGUGCCUACAUUGGAUGUGGAAAAAGAUUGUGCAUCAAACUCUGGAUUUGAAACAUUAACUUCAGAAGAGCCCCAAAAUGUUAUUCAGUCACCAGAAGACAACAGUUAUGUUGCAGAAAUACGGGAAAAUCCUGCAUUGGAUAGAGAUCAGCAGGAGUUGAUAGGCCUUGUGGCUAAAUUAACCUUAAAAGUUGAAGAGGACAGUUCAUCUGAAGAUGAGGUAAUGGUUUUUGACAGGAAACCUGAAAUACCCUUGGAAAUUACCGAGAUGAGUCUGCAGUGCACAGAAAUACCUAUUGCCUUGGAGAAUGUAACUGGAAGCUGUGAAGAAAUGGCUGGAAAGAGAAAAUACUGAAGAUCCUGAAAUGUUUGUAACAGAAAAGACCAAGUGAAUGUGUAACUAUUUUGCAUAUCCUGUAGCCCCAUACCCAUGUUCAUAUUGUUUUGAAAAGGUGUUGAAACUACAGUCAUCGUGUCUGUGUGCCUUUUGUCUCUUGCUUUUAAUUAUUGUCUUGUAGUGUAGGGGGUAAAAAAUGGACGCAUAACUAUCUAAAUAUAAAAACUAAAUAUAUUAAUUACCUUUUUUGUUAUGGUUCUAGUAUUGAUAUUAAUUCUAGACACGUUCUUUGAGUAGCACAACAUUUUCUAAGUGCUGCAAAACAAUUUAACCUGAUUUCAUUUUUUUUGUUGUUGUUGCCAUAGCACUUAAGAGAUUGACUAAAGCAUUGUUGAAGUAUAACCUGUAUAAAGACUUUAGCAUUGUAAAAAAAAUAUGUACAUUAUUGAAAAGUAUUUCAAGGAAAUGUUAUGCACUUUGUCAUUUAUGAAAAUUUGGAAAGUACUGUUGAGAAAUGAAACUUGGUACUUUAUUUGUUUUGAUGUAAUUUGCAGAAAAUAAAGCUAAAAUUGU